UGAGAAUCCCGCCACGCGGCGCUGACGGUGGCAAAAUGUCAGAGAACAUUUGUUUGCAAAAUCGCGUUUCUCAUCGUCCACAAUGAAUCCUGAAAAUAACCACUUUUGAACUGAUUUUCACCCAAUUUUCCACCAUAAAGCAACACAGUGAGGCCCAAAGAUUGCCCAAUAGUUGUAGUUUAGUGCGCAAGUUGCUUGAGAAAGGUGUGAUUUUGCAUAUUGACAAUGACACUGGCAGAGUUUUUCGGGUGUACUUUUCUGGCUUUCGGUCCGCCGGUGGCGAUGUUCAGCCUCACCAUCGCUCACGAUCCCAUCCGGAUCAUCAUCCUCAUAGCGGCGGCGUUCGUGUGGCUCCUGGCGCUGCUUCUCUCAUCCCUCAUCUGGUUCGCUGUUGUGCCUUUGCGAGGAUACCUGGCUUUCGGUCUGGUGUUUUCUGUCCUGUUUCAGGAGGUCUUCCGAUUUGUCAUCUACAAGAUCUUGCGAAAGACGGAGAAGGGAUUGCAAGAAGUGGCUGACAAUGUUCGCGUGACGGAGAACAAACACAUUCUUGCUUACGUCUCCGGACUGGGCUUUGGAAUAAUCAGCGGAGCCUUUGCUCUCAAUAACAUCCUGGCUGAUGCUGUCGGCCCCGCGACGAUGGGUCUCUUGAGUGGCACAGAAAUGUUCUUCCUCACCAGCUCCGCCCAGACGCUCUGCACGAUCCUGCUACACACAUUCUGGAGUGUGAUCUUCUUCAACGCCAUGGACAACAGCAAGUACCUCCACACGGCGUACGUGGUGCUGAGCCACUUGUUCGUGUCCUGCCUCACGUUGCUCAACCGCCGCGAGCUCUAUUGGGCCUCCCUGCUGACCAACUACGCCAUCCUCCUGGCCACGGCGGUGAUGGCGUUCCGUGUGGUGGGCGGAUCCAUGCUCUCGUUCAGGCGCUUCAUCACGUGCAAAUAAGGUACAUGUUUUUGCAAUCUGCCAGACACUCAACUACUCUCUCCCCCAAUAAUUCAAUGCUAAUAAUUCCAAUGUAAACUAUUAAUGUUUAUAUACAAUCUUAAAUUAUUAGGAAUUUAAAUUAUAAAGUCAUUUUGUCAAAUAAAUGUGUCCUUUUUACUCAUAAAAAGACUCUGUCGACUCACAAUGUCUACGUUAAAAACUAACGCCACUUUCUCUCUCUCUCUCUCUCUCGCUCAUUUCUAAUGCGUACAAAGAAACAUAUGUUGAGUCCAUGCACUUAAAUUAGCUAACUUCCACUUUUACUCUGCUUAAAUCAAUGAUAGUUCCCUAUCGCAAUUUUGCAUUUCCUGCUCUUCUAGGGAGACACACUCAAAAUUCCGUAACUC